AUGAACGUGGUCUUUGACCUCGGGUCCUGGCGCUUGACAGACGACGGGCGCGUUUACCGCCGCGGCAAGCUCCGGUUCGCCAACGGGGACCUCUACGACGGCGAGUGGCUCGACGGCCAGCGCCAAGGCCGCGGGACCUUUACCUACGUCAACGGCGCCACGUACCACGGCGAGUUUGCCCAUAAUCUUUUCAACGGCUUUGGGGUCCUCCGCGUGCCGGACUUGCAGCACCCGCUCACAAAAGAGUGGACCAAAGGUUCGUCGUACGAAGGCGGGUUCCGUGACGGCCACAAACAUGGGAAAGGCACCUUGGUGCGCGGCGACGGCGGCAGCUACGAUGGCACGUUUGCCGACAACGUUUUUAGCGGCCAUGGCGUCUUUUGCUACGCUACUGGCGACCGCUACGACGGCGACUGGCGCCACGGCAAGUGGUGGGGCAAAGGCCACCUCUUGUAUCGCGACGGCGGCAGCUACGAUGGCGACUUCCAGAACGGCCUCUUCCACGGGUUUGGCCACCGCGCGUGGCCCCAUGCAGGGGGGUCCUACGUGGGCGAAUACAAACUUGGUGACCAACACGGCGCCGGCGUCCGCGUCUUUGCCGAUGGUUCGCAGUACGACGGCGACUGGGUCGACCACCGUCAGCACGGUAGCGGUGUCUGGACGACUGCGACGUUUGUGUACAUUGGUGAUUUUGCACAUGGCCUUCCCCACGGCAAUGGCCUCUUUCGCUACACGAACGGCGACGUGUACGAAGGGCAGAUGCACAGCGGGUACUAUUAUGGCCGCGGUAAAUUUACCUACAAGGACGGUGGCUUCUACGAGGGCGAGUACGUUGCUGUGCGCGUGCGCCGCUCACAUUGCGAUGGAGGUCGCCGGGUGUGGGCCUCCGGGAACGAGUACAUUGGCGAGUGGUCCAACGAUGUCAUGCACGGCCGUGGCACGCUGCGCUCCACCGUGCAGGGCAUGAAGGUGGAGUACAUGGGUGCGUUUGACAACGGACGUCAAUCGGGCGACGGACAACUCCGUAUGUUUAAAACCAGCAGCACGCCCCUCGAGUUUCCUCUCGGAAGCGGCAACUACCACUAUGGAAAAGGCGAGUGCAUGUAUACCGGCGGCUUCUUCAACGGUGUGUUUCACGGCCACGGACGGUUUCUGCACACGGACGGACGCGCCUAUGUCGGCGACUGGGUCCACGGCAAGCGCGACGGUCACGGCGACGCGAUCUUGACGCCUGCUGCUGAACUCGGCGACGAUCGGCGCCUGCACAUUGGCGGGAACGACGCACUGUACCGACUGCUCAAGUACACGGGGGCCUUUUCGGAUGACGUGCGGCACGGGCGUGGCAUGCUGUACUAUACCAACGGCGACGGCAUUGACGGCGACUUUGUCAGCGGGCACGUGCACGGGGCAGCCGAGUACGUGUUUGCAUCCGGUCGGCGCCGGCGCGGCCACUGGAAGCACGGACACCGGGUGGCAUGGGACGACGACGCUGAAAGCAACCAAGACGACGAUACCAUCGCGAGCGAGACCACCGUGCCUGGAAAGGAGGCGGCAAUGGGCACGUGGGGACGGGCCGUCGCCAUCCGCGCACCCUGCGCAGCCGUCUACGUGGCGCCGCAGCUACUGCCCAUGGCGCUUCCGGCCAGCACCUUGGAUGGGUUCGGCGUGGAAACCAUUCGCUUCGCCAUGAUUGUCGUCGUCGCGGCCGCCGCCUACGCGCGAUCGCUCGACGCUGGCCCCUACUUUCUGGCGCAUGGCCUUCUGCAUUUAGUCGCCAUGAGCACUGCAGUGCUGCCGCCGCCUGUCGCGUGGCUCCUGCUGCUCGUUCGCGCCGUCCUCUUCCAUGAAAUCGUCGCCACCGCGCGCUACCCGCGCAAGUCGUACGAGGCCCUCUUCAACGCGAGCGCGGCGAAGCUCGAGGCCUUCUUCCGCCUGCACGAUAAAGCGCGGUGCAAGGAGGCGCGCGCGCUCGCGCGCGAGUACUUUGGGAACGAGCCACUCCUCUUCGCGAAACUAAACGAUACGUACACGCGGGCUGAGCCGAUCCUCUUGCCGGCGGUACGUAGAGGUUGA